CUACCACCCCAAGUAUUUUGAAAGCGCGAGAAUGGGGGUGCUAGGACUUUGUUCUCCACAGAUUAUACCAGUAAACUUUAGCAGGGCCCUUCACUAAACACCUAGCGGCCGCAACGGGCUCAGGAUUAGACGCCAGUCAACCCAUUGAGGCACGUGCAGUAUCUCAACCUCCAAAUGAUUGGAUAUAUCAACCCAAUGCACAGCUCGUUUCUUGUCACUUUCAAUGUGCUGGCCGAGUUACAUGUAUCCAGCCCCAGGCAUCAUAAGUCAAUCAUCGAAGAGAAUGCGAAAGCGAGAGAUGGAGGGGAGAAGAAAUCAGUCCACCUUUCAAUGAUCCCACCACCCCAUGCAUAUCGGCAUUUGGGCGACCAAACUUCCAAGAAAGCCAAGCUCAUCGCCACACUGCCUGCGUCAUCAAGAUAUCUUCAACGUCCUUUUCUUUUUAGCCGUAGCCGUCAGGAGAUAGAGAGGGGAGAGUGGAAAUGGAACGGAAUCAGUUGCUACCUUUCCAACAGAUACUACUUCGUCACCGUGUUGGGACAUCCUUGCAUACCCUGUACCCCAUGCAAAUGCAGGAAAUUGUCCUCGCGAACGAGGAAAGAUGUACUCCUAACCUCCGUCUAAUGCCAUCAUCUCCGCACCGGAACUUCUGCCUUGCAAGGCAAUUGGGGGCGGGGGGUUGGAACACCUGCGGAGAUCAACCAUCCCAUCGCAACAUCACCGACAAACACCGCUCGGACUAAUUGCUUCAUUGCUAUGCCAUCUCCGAGAUACGCAAACAUCAUAAUACCAUG